AUGCACGUUGAUCAUUUCUGGCGAGGCACUGGCAAGGUUGCAUCCAGUCCGGCAAGCCCGCCCCAAACCAGCCCCAUGAGGCGGCUUGGCAGAUUGACGUCGGUCAAGCGUUUUGAACGUAUGAGUGGAACCGGCAUCAUCUGCAAGCAUGCGCAGGUACCUCUAGGCUCUCGGGUUGCUUUCGGGCAACCAAAGCCGAUUCUAUGGAGAAUGGAGAGCACCAGCGUUCCUUGCGACACUGCGUCUUGGCUGUGCUCAGGCGGAUAUCUCCAGACCCUCCUGGGCCUUGCCGGUCUUACCUGA